UGUUUACGAAGCUGUUGAUAAAGAGACUCCCGAUGGUCCGCCAAACGUUCUUCAAGCCCUUAUUCCUGCACCAAGUGCACAUAAGGAGCUUCUGUAUGGCGUCUAGCUAUCCAAAACCUUAUGAGUUAUCACUGAGGAAGAAUUCGCAUCAGUCAAUUCCUCUUUUAGAAAUGAGAGAACAUCAAAUGAACCAGAUAGCAAUGGAGAUAAGUCAAGAAGAAUUAAGCUCGAUUCUUGAUAACAUUGAUACCUCUCCAUCAUUAUCUGUUGAACCUCUCUGGAAAGUUACCCAGAUGCUUAGACAUAGCGUACAAAGAAGACAUCGUGUCGACAUGAGCAAAAUUCACUAUGAGAUAAUGAACAGAAUUAUCAAUAUGACUGAGCACAUAAACAAGGAAGAACUUACUCCUAACCAAGCUAUCAGGAUAUUUAGGAUCAUUACAUAUUUACUCAUUAAUGAAUCAAUGUACUUUAGAAAGAAAACUAGCAGGUUUACACUUGAACAGAUGAACGCUCUUGAUAAAGUGUGAGUAACUACCAUCAGAGCGUUUCCAAACCUUCCAGCUUCUGACUACAUUGGAGUUGUCAUAAAACUCAUGGUGAACAGGAUGGAUUCCUUCCGUGAUGCUAGUAAUAGCACAUCUGUGGUUCAAUGGUAUUUCAGGAACAUUUUUGGACGGAGAGUGACUUCAUUUGACAUAAAUAGACUUUCUGACUUUUCCCUAACCCAGAUCGUUUUGAGUAUGUCCUUCCUGAACUACGAUCUGUCCCAAAUUGAGAGCCAUUUGAAGGUGAUGAAGAACAACUGCCUCAGUCGUAUUAAGAAGAGAGCUGAUAAAAUGAAUACGAAACAAGUCGUGCAGAUCCUCUCAAGUCUGCUCAGAAUGAAAAUUAUUUUCAUCAAAGAUUGGGAGGACAUGGAGGAAGUAGUUAAUGUAAUUGAAGGUAAAAUAGACUCUAUGAACCUUCUCGAUCUGCAGUCAGUUCUUAAGGGAUAUUCAGAAGUGUAUGCCAUUUAUUCAUACCCUCCAAAGACCAAAGAUAGAAUCAUUCAGAAACUAAAAGAGUGCAAGGAGCCUAUGACUUCCUUAAUUUUGACCAACAUAAUGAGGUCACUCAACGCAUUAAGGAUCGAUGACGAUGAACUUUACUCUCACAUCGUCAUGUGUGUGAAAAGAGAUUAUCAAAGACUUGACAACAUCGCUUUGAUUUAUACAUUUUCCAGGCUAAUUAAACUUAACCAGUUGGAAAAAGCAAAGGAGUUAUUCGAAUUCUAUAUGGAGCUAGGCACAUUUGAAGAACUUGAAAACCCUCACAACAUUGCGCAGAUGUUGCUUUCAUUCGCAAUUCUUAAGAUUUAUGAUGAGGAUUUAUGGAAUUCAUUGAUAGAAAAAUGUGAUUACCAGAAGUUGAUGAGCAUUAAGCCUAGUGCAAAUGAUAACUUUACUAUGGCAUGAGAACCUGCGUUCCAGCUGCUAAAGAACGAGGCACCUGAACUUUAUAAGAAGAAUGAGAAUUGAGCUCUUCUUCAGAGACUCAAGCAGUAUCAUGAAGCCCACAAUGCUGAAAUUACUAAGACUCAAAUGACUAUUUCAAGAGCAUGUCAGCUAUUAGGAUAUGAAGUAAUAAAUGAGACUUAUAUUAAUGAAGUUUCUGUGGAUAUCUACCUUCCCAAGAUCAACCUCAUUAUUGAAUAUAAUGGGCCAACCCAUUAUAUGAACGGGACGAAUAAAUUAGUAGGAUCUUCCUUAUACAAAGAAAGAUUGAUCAACUUCGAUUGUAAAAUUCUUCAAUUAGGCUACUUCGAAAUUUCAAAAUGAAAAGAUCUCAACCUCUCAAGACUCUUCUUGGGAGAUGCUCCUGAAUCUCUCAUGAAACAAGUCAAGGAGUACGACAGAAUUGCAGAUUUGCUCAAAGAGAGGAUUGAUGCAAUGGUCAGCAAAUAAAACCACCAGCAGUUCAGAUAAUCCGUGGCCAUAAGUUCACAAGGAAUGUAAUAAUUCUCAACA